AUGCCUGGGACAGGUGAUGGGUUCUCUACACCUCCCAGAGACCAACGAGCAUGGAUAGAAAAAGGAGAUCAGCCUCAGAUGCGAGAUAUCCCUCCGCCACCUAUCCCCGGAGGUGCGAGGACAGAUCCCCGACACAUACACUCUUCCCGAGGACGACCUGCUGGAGAAAGCUUUGGAGCUGCGAAACUCGCCGCCCUGCCAGUGACCAUCUGCCCAGUGACAGAGGAAUCUGAGGCACUGGAGAUAAAUGCAGUGCACCAAAGGAGGGGCCCCAUGCAGCAGCAAACAGAUAACCAUCCCUGGUGCUUCUUCCACCAGAGAUUCGGUAAAUACGCCAGUGCAAUAGAGAAGGAUGGCAGUAAUAAGCAAGUACUAGAUAAAUUGCAAGUAGAGAGAGAAAGAGGCAUUACUGUUAAAGCUCAGACAGCAUCCAUUGCAUAUAAAUACAAAGGCCAGGAUUUUUUACUUAAUCUGAUUGAUACUCCUGGGCACGUUGAUUUCACUUAUGAAGUGUCACGUUCACUGGCUGCAUGUGAAGGGGUGAUUCUCUUAGUAGAUGCCAAUGAAGGUGUUCAAGCCCAGACAGUGGCAAAUUUCUAUCUAGCCUUUGCAAGUGGGCUGACUGUCAUUCCAGUGCUUAACAAAAUAGAUCUAAAGAGUGCUGAUCCAGAAGCUGUCAAAGAUCAACUGUUUAAUUUGUUCGAAAUUGAUCCAGAGGAUGUACUGCAGAUAUCAGCCAAACAUGGAACAGGUGUGAUAGAUGUUAUUGAAAGAGUUAUAGAUGCUAUACCUCCUCCUACCAGUAAAUGCAGUACAGAAAAGCCGUUUCGAGGGUUGUUGUUUGAUUCUUGGUUUGACAAAUAUAAGGGUGCUGUAUCUUUACUGUUAGUUGUUGAUGGAACAGUAAGAAAAGGUGAUCAUAUCUCAUCUGCUCACACAGGCAAGAGCUAUGAAGUCAAAGAAGUAGGGAUCCUUACUCCCAAGGAAGCUUCAGUUCCACAGUUGUACACAGGACAAGUUGGCUUUAUAACUGCAAAUAUGAGAUCACCCAAGGAUGCUCAAGUUGGAGAUACUUUGCACUUAAAGGACUGUGUUGUCACACCUCUUGAUGGAUUUCGUCCAGCCAAACCAAUGGUAUUUGCUGGUGUUUAUCCAUUGGACCAGCGUGAGAAUCCUGCAUUACGAGCUGCCUUAGAACGACUAACUCUUAAUGAUGGCAGUGUCUCAAUGAAGAUUGAAACAAGUGCAGCUCUUGGUCAGGGUUGGAGACUUGGAUUCUUAGGACUACUUCACAUGGAUGUUUUUAAUCAGCGGUUAGAACAAGAACAUGGAGCUCAAGUUGUUAUAACCACACCUUCUGUUCCUUACAAGGUUGAAUUGCAUGGUGAAAAACUUAUAGAGAGAUAUGGUGGAAGAGAAAUAAUUGUCACCAAUCCAAGUCAUUGGCCAGAUCCAGUCCAUAUUGUCAGUACUAGUGAACCUAUGGUUAUGGGCACUAUAAUUACUCCAGACAGGUAUUUAGGGGCAAUCAUUGGUCUGUGCCAGGAAAAACGUGGUGUUCAGCACAGCAUUAAAAAUAUUGAUGAAAUUCGAAUAAUUAUGCAAUACCAGCUUCCUUUGAAUGAAAUAGUUAUUGACUUUUAUGACAAAUUAAAAUCCAUAUCAUCUGGUUAUGCUACAUUUGAUUAUGAGGAUAUUGGAUUUCAACCCUCUAAUUUAGUUAAACUUGAUUUCCUGUUGAACAGCAAAGUAGUUGAGGAACUAUCCUUUAUUGUCCACAAAUCAAAGGCAGAGUCUAUUGGGAGACACAUUUGUGAGAAACUUCAGGAAAAGAUACCAAGACAGCUUUUUCAUAUUGGUAUCCAAGCUGCAGUUGGAGGAAAAAUUCUAGCUCGUACUAACAUUAAACCACUGAGAAAGGAUGUUACAGCAAAACUGUAUGGUGGUGACAUUACAAGAAGACAGAAGCUUCUAAAACAGCAAGCUGAAGGCAAAAGGAAAAAUGAAAAUGUAUGGUAAGAUUGAAGUCCCCAGAGAAACAUUUAUUAGCAUAUUAAAAAGAUAGCAGAAUGUGUAUUUUUAGUUGUGGAGCUAAUAUGUAUUUUUAUCUUUUUUUUUUUUGUUAAUAUGUAAGUUCAUCAAGAUGAACUUAGUUAGUUGUGUUUGCAUGCUAGAGAGGUCCCCAAACAUGAAUUUGAUAAUGCAUUACUUGGAGCACCUUUGCAAUGAGAUUAGACAUUCUGAAACAUAGCAGUAAUUUUGCCAUUGAUAAUUUUCAAGAAAUUGAUGGGCCUAAAACUGCCUUGAAAAUUAAGGACAGAGGAAAAUCAAAUUGAUAUACAUAGCAAGUAAAGCACAUACUCCUACAAAUCACAAUUCAAAAUGAAGCUUGUUUUAUCCCCUAAAGGUUGAAUGCUAACAUAAUGACAUAGGUUGAAGGUAAAAGUUCACAUAGGUCAAUUUGUCAAGUAAUUUGGGACUAGCUUAAAAUUUGGACCCUAAUCUAGAUAAUUAGUGCUCUCAAAAUUCAGCAUGUAUAUGAUUUAGGUAUUAAUUUAUUGGUGGAUUGUAGUAGUACUCUGCUCAGUGGGAAAGUUUUUGAAACAAGUACAGAGAUAAACACCCCAGCUUUAAGCCCUUGCAGCUCAAGCUGAUUUAUUAUAAAUGACUCAGAACAUUUACAUACAUAUCAUCAGAUUUAAAAAAAAAAGUGUGUAUACAGACCUAAUUAUUUCUGGUUCUCCCUCACCAGGUAUGUGGUGGGGAUGGGAGAAAGUAGGAAGUAAGGAAGUACAGUUUAGUAAAAUAUUUAUAUGGCCUACUGUAUCCAGCUAUGUCAUAUUCAUGAGUUACUUCUAUUUUCUGCCUGUAAAUGAAAUGGACAUACAAAAAGUGAACUGGGAGAUCUGUAGUUGAAUUGGUGAUGCCUUAUGUUAUUGCUGCUUGUUAUUCAGACUCCACUGUUGGGAACUGGUUAAAUUGUAUCGUUGAUUCUUGCAUAUUUUAUCUGAUGCUUAGUGACUGUAGUAUAGACAACAUUUAAGCUUGCAGUGCUUGGGUAGUACUCUGUUGCUCAUUCUGAACAUUUACAUGGCAUUGGGAAAUCAUAAAGCAACAAAACCUGACAUAAUUCUGGAUGCAAUAUGCCAUCCCUCUCAAAGUAAUAUCCAAAAAUUUGGGGAGCGAGCUUUUGCUUUCGAUUGUAGUGACAAUGUAACUGCAUGUAUGACCCAGAGAAUGCCCUGAAAUGUGUCCCCUAGUCAAACAAUGUGCUGGUGGCAAAUCUAAUAGUGCCUUUUCACUAUGAUCAUAUAAGUGGCGCCAGAGCUCGUCCUCUAUUUUAUACGAGGUCCCAGGUUUAUAAGUGUUAAGUGUUGUAAACAUUACACACUGAAAAAAACUGACAAAAUCUAGUAGACAAACUGUGGAAUAACCCCACAAUCAAGUUCAUCUGAUGGAAAUGAAAGGCCUAAGCAGUCCUUGGUUGCAUCACAGGACCAAGUAUGUCUAACCGAUACUGCUGAUGCAUUCUCAAAAAGAAAAUGCCUAAGACAUUAACGAUGAUUCAAAAUUUUGCCUCUGAAAAACAGCAAACAGAAUGUUUGCAAGCAGUUGUACUACUACUGUACAGGAUAAUGUUUAUAAAAGAACCUGUGAUUUAUAGGAUGCAAACUCAGUUGCUGGUGCAGGUACUGUCAUAAAUCGUACAUUUGUGAAUACAUGAAGAAGGAAAGAAACUCAAAUCUAGAUUAGGGUCUCUCUCUGAAGGCCAGCAGAAGUUAGAUAGCUCGUCAAAUGUAAUAAAAGGUACAGAGCCAGCGUUGAACUCAACUAAAUCAUACAUUUGAGAAUACAUGAAGAGAGGAAAGAAACUUAAAUCUAGAUUAGGGUUUCUCUCUGAAGGCCAGCAGAAGUUAGAUAGCUUGUCAAAUGUAAUAAAAGAUACAGAGCCAACGUUGAACUCAACUAGACGUUAUAAUUUUUUACAUUUAUCUGACUGCUGUAAUAAGAGAUGUGAAGCUAUAUAGACUAUCUUCAUCUUCACAAAGAUGUGGCGAUGCACAUAAUAAGUAUAAAAAAAAUUGUCAUUUUUUGUUCCUCCUGGUUCAAAGACUCCUCCAAUCUUUUUCAAGGCACAAGCUAUAGAGUAUGCAUGCUUAUCAAUGGGGAACCAUAAUGCAUAGGAUUGGAUAAUGUGAAACAUUGUGAAUAUUGAAACAUGAUUUUGAUCUAGAUAAAAAGUUCUGUGAUGCAAGUGAAAAUGAAAAUUCCUGUAAAUCCAUAAGACUUCCAAUGGAAAUGACACAUUUCUUCUCAGCACUGUUACAUUGUAAACAAUAGUAAAAGGGCACUCCUCUUCAUAUAGUGCACUCUGAGGAAGUUUACAAUGCUUGUAGGUCUAGAAUACUACUUUCUAGCCUUAAUUGGUUUAUACUGUUGGUAAGUUAUGAAGAAUCCUUUGCUAUCUUUCCAACGUGGCAUCACUUAUUACUGAUUCCAAAUUAGGAACACAAAUGGAUGGGCUGAAUGUUAAUCAUGAGCAAUACCUCUGCAGAUUUUGAAAGGAUCCAAAAGACUGAUUUUUACUGGGUACAGGAAGUUCUCAUUAAUACUCUUGUGGCGAACAUUUUUGCUCUGGUCAGCCUGCUCAAGUCUUUCAUAUACAAUGUCCUGUCUUAAAGUUGUUGCCUGAAUGAGUUGUUUUCUGCCAUUCUUUGUGCUGGUAUGUAGUUGGAUAGUCACUGUAAGCACCCUGGCAUAUGAUGAUUGCUCUGAUUCAAUUGAAGAGUGUUGGCUUGGUGAAGGUGCUGAUGUCCUCAAUUAAUUCCUGGUAAACCAGCCAUCUUGCAUACAAUGUAUUCUAUAAAAAAAGAAAAAUAGAA